AGUAAAAUAUUUCACAAUAGCCGCGAUUAAACGCCAUCAGUUAGGCGAUCAAUUUUGCUAACUAUGUGUGUUUUUGAAUCAUAACUAAAAAUGUCGAAAACUAGUGGUCUCGUUGUGGGGGACCACAUCUGGAUCCAACCCGUGACAAAUGGGGAGUUUGAUAUUUUAAUCGGUGGUAAAAUAACGGGAAUUGAAGAACGCCGAAUUCGAGCCAAAGAUGACGACGGAAACGAAAUUUCCAUAUCUCACCAGCAAGUCGUCAAAAAUAUGCACGUAUCGUCGGUGGAAGGUGUGGAAGAUAUGAUCAAUUUGGGGGAUUUACAGGAUUAUGCUAUACUCAGGAACUUGCACAAAAGAUACAGAAGUAAAAAUAUUUACACUUAUAUCGGUUCGAUGCUGGUUGCUAUUAACCCUUACGAGGUUUUACCAAUUUACACAAACGCCCUGAUUAAGGAAUACCGAAAUAAAAAAUUAAACGAACUGCCGCCUCACAUUUUUGCGAUAGGAGAUAACAGUUAUGUUGAUAUGAAAACGAGCAGAAAAGACCAAUGUGUAGUCAUCAGUGGCGAGUCAGGGGCCGGAAAGACCGAAAGCACCAAACUAAUCCUUCAAUAUCUAGCGUCCACCAGUGGACAACACUCCUGGAUCGAGCAACAAAUCCUCGAAGCCAACCCAAUUAUGGAGGCUUUCGGAAACGCCAAAACGGUCCGCAACGACAAUUCGUCGCGUUUUGGCAAAUACAUCGACAUACAUUUCAACAAAUCUGGCAAUAUCGAGGGCGCCAGAAUCGAGCAGUACCUCCUCGAGAAAAGCCGGAUAGUUUCACAAAACGACGGCGAACGCAACUACCACAUUUUCUACAGCAUGCUGGCUGGACUUAGCAAAGAGGAGAAAAAACGGUUCGAUUUGACCGAACCUGACCAUUACGUGUAUCUGAAAGGCGGGCGAACUUUGACGUGUCAAGGACGCAACGAAGCCAACGAAUUUACAGACAUUCGCGGAGCGAUGAAAGUCCUGAAUUUCACGGACAAGGAAGCUAACGAUAUUUUCCAGUUGUUGGCUGCAAUUCUCCACUUGGGGAACUUGAAGUUCAAGGCAGGGACGGCGUCAAACACCGAAUCGUCUGAAAUUCAGGACGCCACAGCCGCGGAUAAAAUCGCACGACUUCUGGGGAGUAAUAAAUUUGAUCUGGGGGAAGCCCUCACGAAAAAAACCAUUUUUGCGCAUGGAGAUAAAGUCAUUUCGACUCUAUCGCAAGAACAAGCGUCUGAGUCGAGACAUGCCUUCGUUAAAGGAAUCUACGGCAAACUCUUCAUCAUGAUUAUCGAAAAAAUCAACUCGGCGAUUUACCAACCGAAAGGUGCGUCCAAAACUUCAAUCGGCGUUUUGGACAUUUUCGGGUUUGAAAAUUUCAAGGUUAACAGUUUUGAGCAGUUGUGUAUCAACUACGCCAACGAAAACUUGCAACAAUUUUUCGUCCAACAUAUCUUCAAGCUGGAGCAAGACUACUACACCAAAGAAGGCAUCAAUUGGAAAAACAUCGCUUUCGUCGAUAAUCAAGACGUGUUGGACAUGAUUGGAAUGAAACCAAUGAAUCUGAUGUCGCUAAUUGACGAAGAAUCGAAGUUUCCCAAAGGGACAGACUUUACAAUGUUGGCGAAACUACACAACACUCACUCGGCGAAGAAGAAUUAUCUCAAACCAAAGUCCGACGUCACUCCUGCUUUUGGUGUCCAGCACUUCGCCGGUCCUGUCUACUACGACGUGCCUGGCUUUUUGGAGAAAAAUCGGGACUCGUUCAGUCAAGAUUUGAAGCAGUUGAUACAGGAAUCAAACAACGAGCUGCUGAAGCAGAUCUUCGCGGAGGAUUUCCAGCAAGAAACCAACACGAAACGGACCAUCACCCUGUCGUCGCAGUUCAGAAGUUCGCUUGAUAUUUUAAUGAAAACUUUGAACAUGUGCCAUCCCUACUUCGUCAGGUGCAUCAAACCAAACGAGGAGAAAAAACCACAGGUUUUUGACAGGACGCUGUGUUGUCGCCAGCUGCGCUAUUCCGGAAUGAUGGAAACGGCGAAGAUCCGCCAAGCUGGUUACCCCAUCCGUUACACCUACAAAGACUUCGUCGACCGCUUCCGCCACUUGGGCAAAGCGAUCCCCCCAAGUACGAAGGGCGAUUGCAAACAAUCAACGAAGAAAAUCUGCGAAACGGUCUUCCAGAACAACGAAGACUUCCAAAUGGGGCACACCAAGCUGUUCCUCAAAGCCCACGACCACGAGUUCCUGGAGCAGGAACGCAGCAGGAUCUUAUCAAAGUACAUCCUCGUGCUGCAAAAAGCCAUCCGGGGCUGGAUUUUCAAACGACGUUUCCGGAAACUACGGGAGGCGACCAUCGUUUUCCAAAAAUACUGGAGAGCGAGGGGCUAUCGCACCAAGUUUCUUACCAUCAGAAAUGGCUAUCAGAGGUUGCAAGCGUCGAUUCGGUCCAGACAACUUACGCAUUCGUUUGGGAAGGUCCGGAAAAAUAUCGUUCAUUUGCAGGCAGUUGCCAGGGGACAUGUGGUUCGGAAUAAAUCGCAGUUUGGGCGAAUUUAUGCGAUAGUUAAACAGCGAAAGGUCGAUGAACAAAAUAUGAAGAACGCUGGCAACAAGAAUUAUAGAAUUGACGCCGAGACCAAAAUGCAAAAGAGUUUGGCUGAACUAAACCGGGAGUACACCUUGAAGUUGAAGCAGCAGGAGGAGGAAGAAAACAAGGCGAAGAAACUGGUUGAUGAUGUCUUCGAGUUUCUCAAAGAUCCGAACCUUCCAGCCACUCCAACCGACAUCAGGAAAGAAAAUGACGCGUUUAUUGAGCUGCUCAAGGAUGCAAAGUCGGGCGAAAAAGACAAAACCUACGACGAAGAACAGGAAGACUUGUCAGCUUACAACUUUGCGAAAUUUGCAGCGACUUACUUCAUCAAAAACACUAAUCAUCACUACUCCAAACGUCCACUCAAAGAAUCUUUACUUGAUUUACCAACGCCGGACGAUAUUAUCGCAGCGCAAGCUCUCUGGAUCACCAUUUUGAGGUUCAUGGGGGACUUACCGGAACCCAAAUUUGAAAAUGCAAUCAAAACCAACGAAUCAGUCAUGACGCAAGUGUCGCAAACUUUGAGUCGGAGUUUCACCAACCGGAAGGAGUAUCAGGACAUUCUGAAAGAUGAGAGAAAAAUGGCAAGCUUGACCAAAUCCGAAAGGAAGAAACUAGUAAGUAUGACUUUGAGACGCAAGAACAAGCUGUUGGAAGACGUGCGACAAGGGCUGGUUGAGGACAACUUUGCGGCCGAAAGCUACAACGAGUGGUUGAAUAAUCGCAGAGCUACGAACUUGGAAAAGUUGCACUUUAUAAUCGGGCACGGGAUUUUGCGACCAGAACUGCGUGACGAGAUCUUUUGCCAAAUUUGCAAACAACUAACCAAUAACCCGACCAAAGCCUCACACGCCCGUGGCUGGAUUCUGCUCUCGCUGUGCAUCGGUUGUUUCCCUCCCUCCGACAGGUUUCUCAACUACUUGCGCGCUUUCAUCCGGAGUGGUCCCCCAGGUUACGCCCCGUACUGCGAAGGCCGCUUGAACCGGACUUUCAAAAACGGCGCCCGGACGCAGCCCCCCAGUUGGUUGGAAUUAAUGGCGACAAGAAACAAGAACCCGAUUUCGCUCAAAAUCACGUUUAUGGACAACAGCGAGCAGGAGGUUGAGGUGGAUUCAGCGACCACGUCUGAAGAGAUUUGCAAAGAGAUAGCAACGAAACGCAACUUGAAGGACGUUUUCGGUUUUUCGCUGUUUAUCACGCUGUUUGAUAAAGUGAUGUCGUUGGGGAGUGACUCUGACCACGUUAUGGAUGCGAUUUCUCAGUGUGAACAAUACGCCAAAGAGAAAGGUCAGUCGGAACGCAACGCUCCUUGGAAGCUCUUCUUCAGGAAGGAGAUUUUCACGCCGUGGCACAACGCCGCUGAUGAUUCCGUUGCCACGAGCUUGAUCUACCACCAGAUAAUACGAGGGUUGAAGUUUGGGGAGUACCGCUGUAGUGUUGAGGGCGACGUGGUUUCACUAGUGGCCACCCAGUAUUACGUCGAUAAUGGGGCCCAACUUAACCCGGAAAUUUUGCAUACCAGAAUCGGGGAAUACAUGCCGACUUAUUUAGUCAAGAAAGGCCAAAAGAACUUGGACGAGUGGGAAAAACGGAUCAAGGAUGCCUUCUCCAAAUUACUCUGCGUCAAAAACAAACUCCCAGCGAUUAAAGCCCAAGAAUUCAUCGUCAAAUACGCCAAAAACACCUGGCCUAUCCUCUUCUCAAAAUUCUUCGAAGCCAUGCAGACUGGCGGACCCGAGCUUCCGACCAAAACAAUGAUAAUCGCUGUCAACUGGACGGGAAUUUACAUGAUCGACGACCAGGAGCAAAUCCUCCUCGAGCUGAGCUUUUGCGACGUCAGUUCGGUCAGUUUCGAGCGAAUCGGGCGUUCGCACUUGCACAAGUUCGUCCUGACCACGGUCAGAAACGAAGAAUACGUCUUCGUAAGUCCCGACGCCGAAAAUAUUUGCACCCUCAUCCAGUACCUUCUGGACGGCUUGAAGAAACGGUCGACGUACGUGGUGGCGAUUCAAGACUACAAACACCAGACCAACGCUCCGUCGUUCCUAGCCCUCAAGAAGGGUGACCUAAUAGCCCUGAAGAACGGCCUUAAUGGCGAAGCCCUGAUGUCGGCCACUUGGGGCUACGGGGAAUGCAACGGCUCCGUUGGCGAUUUCCCGACCGAGCACGUCUACAUCCUCCCAGCCAUCACGCAGCCCCCAGCUGACAUUUUAACAGCGUUCAAAAAAGAGGGUGUUUUUGGGCCGAAAAAGCCCUCAGCACCUGUCCUGAACACGAUGCAGAGGCUGAAACUCUACACUUUGGCCCACUACGCCAAUGAGCACUUCCGAGCCGGGAAGAAACUCGUCAAUUCCAAACCGUCGGUUCUAACAGCGGCGCGAAGAGCGUCCCGUGAAGAGCUCUGGAAGUACACCAAUGAGCCAAUCUACCAACCCCACCUCCAGAAACUCUUGACUGACGAAGACUUGAGUAAGGAAGCAUGUUCGGCGUUCACCGCGAUUUUGAAAUACAUGGGGGACCUACCGGCCCCCAAAGCCAAAUACAGUAACGAGUACACGGAUCAAAUCUUCUCAGGGGCUCUUAAGAAUGACAUGCUCAAGGACGAAGUCUACUGCCAGAUAAUGCGCCAGUUGACGUUCAACCGGCUGUCUUUAAGUGAGGAACGCGGCUGGGAGCUGAUGUACUUAGCGACGGGUCUGUUCAUCCCAAGUGCCUCCCUAAUGACAGAGCUGCACAAGUUCCUGACUUCGAGGACGCACCCCUUCGUUGAGCCGUGUCUGAAGCGGCUGCAGCGGAGCCAGAAGGUGGGCCCGCGCAAAUACCCGCCCUAUUCCGUCGAAGUUGAGGCCAUCCAACACCGCAGCAUGGAAAUCUACCACAAGAUUUACUUCCCUGACGACACCGACGAGGCCUUUGAAGUGGAUUCCGUGACCAGGGCGUGCGACCUCUGCAAGACAAUUUCAUCCAGACUGGAGUUGGAAUACACGGACGGGUUCAGCUUGUUUGUGAUGAUUUCGGAUAAAGUGUUCUCGAUUCCGGAGGAUUACUUCUUCUACGAUUUCCUCCACGAGUUGAUCUCCUGGAUGCGGCAGACGAAACCCAGCUGGAACAGUGCGGCACCGAUCCAAGCCCAAUACCAGGUGUUCUUCAUGAAGAAGCUCUGGAUUAACGCCGUGCCUGGCAAGGACCCAAACGCCGAUCAAAUCUUCCACUUCCACCAAGAACUGCCCAAGUAUUUGCGAGGUUUCCACAAGUGCACCAAACAAGACGCGAUUAAACUUGCCGCUCUGGUUCUCCACUCGAGGCUUGACAAUGACUACAACCAGGCCCAAGCGGCCGUGCAGUACUUGAAGGAGCUGAUCCCAGCAGAUUUGGUCAAGGCUGCGAGUUCCUCCGAGUGGAAGAAAAGUAUUUUAACCGAAUUUAAAAAGCUGGGAGAUAUUAGCAUCGAAAAAGCAAAGCUUCGAUUCUUGGAAACGAUUUACGAGUGGCCCACGUUCGGGUGCACUUUCUUUGAAGUCAAACAAACCACCGAUCCUACUUUACCGGGUAUUAUUUUGAUCGGGAUUAAUAAACUGGGUGUUAAUAUCUUGCAUCCACAAACAAAGGAUAUUUUGGCCGUACAUGAAUUCUCAGAGUUGAGCAAUUGGUCCUCGGGGAAUACGUUCUUCCACCUAACCAUCGGGAACAUAAUGAGGAAAACGAAGCUUUUGUGCGAAACGUCGCAAGGUUACAAAAUGGAUGAUUUGAUUACGUCCUAUACCGAUUACAUUAAAAACACCGCGAAGAAGGAACAGGAAAAAGAAAAAUUCUUUUUGUAAAUGCGUAAUUUUUAUUUUAUUGUAAAUACAUAAUUGUUGGUGUAUAAUUCGUGACAAUGAUAAUAAAUAAAUAAUAAAACACAA